GCUUGACUUAGUCACCGCUGGUACGUUGCAUUAAAGAAAACAAAUGCUCAAUGCAAGCUUUACGAACAGCAAUUAACUAAGAUUACUAAACCGUUCUUAGGGAUAUUUACGAAACAAUGUCUUACGUCGCUAAGAACUCUACUCAGAAACCUGGCCUUGAGGAACAGGCUCAGCCCAAGAUCCACCGUAUCCGUAUUACGUUGACCUCGCGCAACGUCAAGAACUUGGAAAAGGUGUCGGCUGACCUGAUCCAACGCGCCAAGGACAAGCAGCUCAAGGUCAAGGGACCUGUCCGUCUUCCCACCAAGGUCCUCCGUAUCACCACCCGCAAGUCUCCUUGUGGUAACGGUUCGGAGACCUUCGACAAGUUCGAAAUGAGAAUCCACAAGCGCUUGAUCGACUUGCACUCGCCCUCCGAGAUUGUCAAGCAGAUCACUUCCAUCUCCAUUGAACCUGGUGUGGAGGUUGAGGUCACCAUUGCCUAAAUACUUUUUUUUUGUGCUUUAGCCCUCAGCGAGUAUGUGCCAUACGCGUACCCCUCUUUUUCUUUUUUUUGUAAUAAAAUUGAAUACGGGUGCUGUUUGCCCUCAUUCUCUACUUGUCAAACAAAACAAA